AUGUCUUCCUCAUCAAGUGAUAAAGUAGAUGAAGCGUUAGAUGAAAUUGUCGACGAAGUAGUCGAUAAUUACAUCGACUCAGUGGUUAAUGCUCAAACCAACAAGCCGAAGCGACGAAGUUAUAUCGAAAGAGAGCGGGAAGUAGGACACAAACAACUAUGGAAGGAUUAUUUCGCGGAAAAUCCAACAUACCAGCCGGAAAUGUUUAGGCGCCGUUUUCGAAUGAACAAAACAUUGUUCCUUCGCAUAGUCCAAAGCCUAAGUACUGAACUGCCAUACUUUCAGCAAAGAAGAAAUGCUCAUGGAAGGUUGGGGCUAUCUGCACUUCAAAAGUGUACGGCAGCAAUACGUAUGCUGGCAUACGGACAAUCGGGAGAUAUGUAUGACGAAUAUCUUCGACUAGGUGAAAGUACUUCACGUUUAUGUUUGGAUAAUUUCACUAAUGGGAUUAUACAAUUGUUUGGAGCUGAGUAUUUAAGAAGACCUACACCGGCGGAUCUUCAACGAUUACUCGAUGUUGGAGAGGCACGGGGGUUUUCAGGGAUGAUAGGCAGCAUCGAUUGUAUGCAUUGGGAGUGGAAAAACUGCCCAACGGCUUGGAGAGGGCAGUUUACACUUGGUUCAGGAAAGCCGACAAUUGUCUUAGAAGCUGUGGCAUCACAGGAUCUUUGGAUAUGGCACACAUUUUUCGGUUUACCAGUCGAGAACGAAAGAGACGGAUACAAUCAAAUUGAUACAUCAGAGAUCGAGUCGGGAGAGUCAAGCAGAAGUUCCCAGGUGCGAAGAAAAGAAAGUUUGAAUGUCCAUAAUAUGCUUGGCAUUCGCACUGAAGUUCGAAAUUCAGAUAAACAUGAUCGUUUGAAAGCUGAUAUCAUCGAAAUUAUCUGGCAAAUGUUUGGUAAUGUAGAUGAUUGA